AUGGAUAUACCCCUAAUCCUGAACACAUUCAUACUUCUAACCCUAGCAACCCUCGUCACUCCUAUUGUAUUCCCACUCCUAUCCGACAACCUCAAAAACACUCCUACAAUUAUCACAAAUACGGUUAAAACCGCCUUCCUAAUCAGCCUAGUACCAAUAACAAUUCACAUCUAUUCAGGAACAGAAAGCCUGACCUCCUUCUGAGAAUGAAAAUUCAUCAUAAACUUCAAAAUCCCAAUCAGCCUAAAAAUAGACUUCUACUCACUCACCUUCUUCCCCAUCGCACUGUUCGUGUCAUGAUCUAUCCUACAAUUUGCAACCUGAUAUAUAGCCUCAGACCCGUUCAUCACAAAAUUCUUCACCUACCUCCUAUUCUUCCUAAUCGCCAUACUAAUCCUAAUCAUCGCCAACAACCUAUUCGUCCUGUUCAUUGGUUGAGAAGGGGUAGGGAUUAUGUCGUUUCUACUCAUCAGCUGAUGACACGGACGAGCAGAAGCUAAUACUGCAGCCCUUCAGGCCGUACUCUACAACCGAGUCGGAGACGUAGGCCUAAUCCUAUGUAUAGCAUGACUAGCAUCUGCCAUAAACACCUGAGAAAUUCACCAACUCCCAACCACAUCCCAAACACCAACCCUACCCCUCCUAGGCCUCAUUCUAGCCGCAACAGGCAAAUCCGCCCAAUUUGGUCUACACCCAUGACUACCAGCCGCUAUAGAAGGACCAACCCCCGUAUCCGCCCUACUACACUCCAGCACAAUAGUCGUAGCCGGAAUCUUCCUACUCAUUCGAACCAACCCUCUAUUUAACAACAAUCAAACCGCCUUAACCCUAUGCCUAUGCCUGGGAGCCUUAACCACACUAUUUGCAGCUACGUGCGCUCUCACCCAAAACGACAUUAAAAAAAUCAUCGCAUUCUCUACUUCAAGCCAACUAGGACUAAUAAUAGUUACAAUCGGACUAAACCUCCCUGAACUAGCCUUCCUUCACAUUUCAACCCAUGCAUUCUUCAAAGCCAUACUUUUCCUAUGCUCAGGCUCUAUCAUCCACAGCCUAAAUGGUGAACAGGACAUUCGAAAAAUAGGCGGACUCCAAAAGAUACUACCUACAACCACCUCAUGCCUUACCAUCGGCAACUUAGCCCUAAUAGGAACACCAUUCCUAGCAGGAUUCUACUCAAAAGACCAAAUCAUUGAAAGCCUGAACACAUCCUACCUAAAUACCUGAGCCCUCCUAAUAACUCUCCUAGCCACAUCAUUCACCGCAGUAUACACAAUUCGCAUGACCGUACUAGUACAGAGCGGCUUCGUUCGAAUUCCGCCCUUAGCCCCAAUCAAUGAAAACAACCCAGCAAUUACUUCCCCCAUCACCCGCCUAGCACUUGGUAGCAUCACUGCAGGAUUCCUCAUUACCUCAUACAUCAUUCCCACAAAAACCCCACCAAUAACUAUACCUCUGUCCGUUAAAAUAACAGCCCUCGCAGUGACAGUACUAGGAAUCGCCCUAGCCUUAGAAAUCUCAAAAACGACUCAAAUACAUAUUCUAACAAAACAAGCCCCCCUCUCAAACUUCUCCAUCUCCCUAGGAUAUUUCAACCCCCUAACACACCGCUUCACCUCAACCAACCUCCUAAACGGAGGACAAAAAAUUGCCUCCCACCUAAUAGACCUAUCCUGAUAUAAAAUGCUAGGCCCAGAAGGACUAGCCAACCUGCAACUAGCAGCAUCCAAAGCUUUAACCACCCUCCACUCUGGCCUAAUCAAGGCCUACCUAGGAUCAUUCGCCCUAUCCAUCCUCAUCAUCCUCAUGUCUUCAUACAGA